UUAACAUUAAGCUAACCAUUAAUAUUUCAGAGAAAUGUUGUAUUUGUCCUGCUUAUAUGCGUUUUAAAUAGAAUAAAAACAGGUAAACAGCUGUGAUAUUUGGUGUGAACUGUGUGUUCUGAUGGAGGCAGGAACCGACAGGGCGGAACCUUUAUGCGGGAGCGCUGUUUCCAGAGGAAGCGGUGAAGUUCAGCAUGCUUUAGCACAGUGAGGUGUAAACAUGGAGCAGCUGCGUGUGUUGGAGCUGUACAGCGGCAUUGGGGGGAUGCAUUAUGCUCUUACAGAGAGCUCAGUGCCUGCUGAAGUGGUGGCUGCAGUGGAUGUAAACACGACAGCCAAUGAAAUCUAUAAACACAACUUCCCAAACACAUUACUCCUACCCAAGACCAUUGAAGGAAUGACAUUAAAUGAUUUCAAUAAACUUGAUUUUGAUAUGAUAUUGAUGAGUCCUCCUUGCCAGCCGUUUACAAGGAUUGGAUUACAGGGCGAUGUGUCUGACCCCAGAACAAAAAGCUUUCUCUACAUUUUAGAACUUCUGCCAAGGUUGAACAAACUGCCACGCUUCAUUCUGCUGGAGAAUGUAAAAGGGUUUGAGACUUCUUCUGCAAGAGAUGCUUUGAUAAAGACACUGAAGGAAUGUGAAUACAGUUUUCAGGAGUUAAUGGUCUCACCCACAAGUCUAGGAAUACCAAAUUCAAGAUUGCGUUAUUUCCUUAUUGCCAAGGCAUCCACAGGUUCAUUAUCAUUUCAGACAACAUCAGAGAUUCUAGAGGGUUUUCCAAAAACAUCUUCCAGUGAUGCCACAGGCACUCCCACAAUUUCAAAUACUCACUCUGCUUCCCUGAGUAGUAACAUGAGUGAUAACAAGGAUAUCAUCUAUAAGCUAGAAACAGCUCAGGACCUAGAGAGGAAGAGAAGUCAAAACAGUGAGGAGAGCAUCAGGAGACUACAGGACUUCCUGGAGGAGGAAGGACAAGAAACAGACAUGGACCACUAUCUGCUGCCCCCCAAAACCCUGCUUAGAUACGCCAUGCUCAUGGACAUUGUCAGCCCAACCUGCAGGAGAUCAGUCUGCUUCACCAAAGGAUAUGGACAUUAUGUGGAGGGAACUGGCUCUGUUCUGCAGUCCUGCUCAGACGUUGAACUGGAGAGUGUAUUUAAGUCACUGGAAGGUCUGUCUGAAGAGGAGAAACUGAAGCAGCUCUCCCGACUAAAGCUCAGAUACUUCACACCCAGAGAGAUAGCCAACCUGAUGGGGUUCCCCCCACAUUUCACUUUUCCACCAAAUAUCUCCAUAAAGCAGCAGUACCGGGUCCUGGGAAACAGUCUAAAUGUUCAUGUAGUGGCCAAACUCAUCAGUCUUCUGGUGUCGUGACAUGCUUUUUGUGCUCUGCCACAGUUAAUGAGGUGAGGCGGGAAAGACCACAACUGGGAUUAUCUGAAGCUAAUCCUGAGAGACAUUUUGUUUUGUUUGUUUUAUAUUAUGUGAAUUAAAAUUGUACAUUUUCAAACAAAAUAA